CGGCUGCUCCCACCGCCGCCUCCUAGCGAAUCCGCAUCAACCGAGAAUCCAGGGUUUCGCCAUUGAUGGAGCAUGAACCUGUAGAGAAUUCUCAGCACCCCGCGCUCUCUACUGAUGACGCGGCUCAUCACGUAGAGGACAAAGCGUCCCCUCUUUCAAAUCACGGGGAGACAGAGCCCAGAUCUAACGUCACAUUUGAAGAAAUUAGAAGUAUAAUGCAGGUUAUUGCAGCCACAGGAAAGUUCUGGCAUGAUUGGGAUAUACUGAAAAGCUUGCUUUCGUUUCGACUAAAGCAGGUCUUGGCAGAAUAUCCUGAAGCUCAGUUAGUCAGUGAUGAUGGUCCACAACAGAGUUCUUUAUUCGGAGAAACAUAUCAAGAGUUAGUUAGAAGACUGGAUGAAGCUCUUUUAAGCUUUAUUGAAGGUCCUCCAUUUACUUUGCAGCGGCUUUGUGAGAUUCUUUUAUCUCCGAAAGACACAUAUAGAAGUCUAUCAAAGCUUGCAUUGGCCUUGGAGAAGAACUUGUUGGUGACAUCGACCCUAAGUGCUUGCUCCGAUCCAUACCCCAGGCAAACAUCCCCAAAACCAACUGAACCUGAUAGGGAAGUUGAGGAAUCCAGAAGUCAAUCUGCUCCAGUAUCGAAUGGUGUAGAAACUAUAGCCGGUGAUGGUGAUGAAGAAAUGGUUGAAGCCGAGGCUGAUGGAGAUGCUCCUAGUGCUGACGCUGAGGUAAAUGAUGCUCAGAAUGUUGAGAUAGAUGCUCAGGCUUCUGACACUGUUGCAGAUGUUCAGAAUGUUGAUACUGAGAUGCAAGAAGAGAAGGUCAGCGAAGCUCCUGAAACAAAUCCGAAGCAAAGCUCUGAUGCUACCAAGGAACCUUGUACAACUAGUGAACAUAAUCCUCCCGCUCCGGAGCAGUCAUAAGUUGGCUUGAGAUUUUUCAUUUAUGACAAUCAGAAUGUUGUGUAAUUGAGACAUGUGAUGAUUUUGAUGUCCUUUUCAAAGAUGCAAUACCUAACUGAAGUUCAGAUUUCACAUUAAGAUGGACCUGGUUCUAUAAGAUUGUAUUUUGAAUUGGUUUGAGAUGUGCCUGGUUCAUGAA